UUGAAAUUUUGCUAUUUCAAGGUGAUGAUGUGGAUCGGACAUCGGAACUGCGGUUCUACCAAAGAACAAACAGAUAUAAGAUGCCUUAAUGGAUCUAAUUAUUUUGUGCAAACAUAACUGUACCAUCUCAUUCUAGUUUUUUAAACAUCUUUGGUGGAGGGUUAGUUUGUGAUAAUGCUGCUGCUUUCUCAUUUCGUUCUGCUACUUUCGGCAAUAACAGUAUCAUCGUCACCAGUGGAAAGCAAAAGAUCACGAUUUGACGAGCGCCAAAGUACCGGUACUUCCUCUCCGACAGUUGAUCUCGGAUAUAGUGUAUAUCAAGGAUACUACAAUGCUACAUCACGAUUUAACAUAUUCAAAGGGUAUGUACAAAUAUAGAUAAGCCCAAUCGCCCUCAAAAGCAGAAAUCUUACAAAACUAGAAUUCGAUAUGCAGCACCUCCAGUGGGGAAACUUCGUUGGCAGAAGCCACAAUCUCCAGCAGUGAACAGGUCUUCCACAAUACAGGCAAAGGCGUAUCCUCCUCACUGCCCGCAAAGUGCAGAUGCUCCUAUGUAAGUGUUUUCAAUGUUCUUAAUGUCAUAAUAUGCUAACAGUCCAAGGCCUGCAAACUACAACUUCACGAGGUCAGGUCUUGGAAAUGAAGAUUGUUUGUUCUUGAGCGUUUGGGCCUCACCAAAUGCAACAAACCUCCCAGUAAUGGUCUGGAUUCGUACGUCUCCGUUUAUUUGCCUGUAUCUUACGCUUCCAGUGGUAUAAGUUGACUCUUUUCAGACGGUGGAGGUUAUGGCACUGGCUCUGGUAACAAUGAUUUUUCGGAAUUAGCCAACACCAACUCCAAUGCCUUCAUUCUAGUAGCUAUUCAAUACCGCCUGGGUGCCUUUGGUUUCCUCUCAUCAUCCGACCUCGUCCGUUCAGGUGGUGUCCCAAACGCAGGUCUCUAUGAUAUGAAUUUCUCAUUUCAGUGGGUCCAAUCUCACAUCUCCAAAUUUGGGGGUGAUCCUUCUCGAGUUACUAUUGCUGGUGAAUCUGCAGGAGGCGGUGGUGUGAUGUUACAAACUAUGGCCUUUGGGGGAAGCUUAGGUACGAGUUUGUUUAAUAACGGAAUUGUGGCGAGUCCUUAUCUACCGAUGCAGUAUGAUUACGAUGGAUUGAAACCAGAAGACAGCUAUGAAAAAUUUGGGAAUGCAGUGGGGUGUAGAAGUGGAAAUGGGAGCGUAUUCGAUUGUUUAGUAGGUACGGAUACGACUGCAUUGCAAAAUGCUAGUGCAUAUGUUUCUGCAAAUGGUGAUUAUGGUCAAUGGGCUUUCUUGCCCGUAACGGAUGGGGAGUUCCUGGUCAAGAGACCAUCUGAGCAAUUAUUAGCUGGUGAAGUGAAUGGCGUGAGAAUGUUGUCUGGCGUACGUACCCAUUUUUUGCAAACCCACAAGAAGAAGCUAGGCAGCUAAUAAUCCUCAGAACAAUGCUAAUGAGGCCCCUGGCUUUGUUCCACAACACAUCAACACAACCACCGCCUUCAAUACCUUCACACAAUCCCUCUUUCCCUUGAUGUCCAAUUCUACUCUCGAUCGCCUCCAUCAAACGUACUCCAUCCCUUCAACAAUACCCGGUCCUCUUUUCGCGUCAGCAGGUAACAAAGGUCCCACAGCCCUUAAUCAAUCCGUCUUCGCAAUUGGCCAGCAACAACGUGCCAACAAUCUUUAUGCCGAAACUACCUUCGUCUGCCCUUCCUACUGGUCAGCCUCUGCUUUUCCUCAAAGUUGGAAAUAUGAGUAUAGUGUCCCACCAUCCCAGCACGGAAAUGACCUAGAUGCUUACUAUGCCGUAAAUCGAACAUAUCUUGGUUAUGGAACUCUAUCACCUGGAUUUCGGACAGCGGUACAGAAAAUUUGGGGUAGGUUUAUUGUGUAUGAUGAUCCUACACUACCUUCAGACGUCAUAACAUCAAUUAUAACCCUUGGGAAUGGUACGCAAACAGGUGAUGAUAUAUCUGCAGCUGGCACGGGGAAAUGGCCACAAUGGAAGACUAGUGGACAUGAAGCAUAUCAGAUGCUAAAGUUAAAUAUGACGGGGGGAGAAGCUACAAAGGUUUUAUGGACCAGUGCCGAUGGAGGGGUUAAAUUUAAUGUAACGGAAAAUACGGGUUCGGGAGUAAAAGCUGAUUUGGCGAUUGUGGAUGCUUAUGAUUGGGAAGGUGAAAGGGGAGCAAGAUGUGAUUUUUGGGCGAGGAUUGGUAGUGAGGUGCCUGAAUAAGGGGAAGUGGGAGAUGAUCUGGUGAGGAAAUGAUGAAGUAGGAUUUUGAGGUGUUCCAAACAGGUGCUUGGAUCUUCUUCGUGGAUUCCUACUCGGCAUUUAUUCGAGAUCGGAUCUAUUCUUUUCUAUGCUCAGAUAAAUAUAUAGAUAUAUGAAAUUCAACACAACGAAAACUUC